AUGAAACUGCCGACUUUCUUCGGUGUUAUUGAACCCUUAAAGGCAGAGACAUGGUUACUCGAAAUAGAGAAACUAUUUGAAGUGUUUACCUGCUCUAAGACUCAGAAAGUUCUAUUGGCCGCCUAUAUUCUAAAAGAUGAAGCCUGCAGAUGGUGGUUGCUAAUCCGAAAUAAUAAUGGGAACAUAACGUGGUCUCAAUUUAACAAGAUUUUCUACAAUAAGUACUUUCCUCAGUGCUUCCGGGACUGUAAGGUUUUUGAAUUUCAAGAACUCAAGCAAGGUAACAUGUCUGUAGCCGAGUAUGAGGCUAAAUUCACGGAAUUAGCUCGAUUUGCUCCCCAUAUGAUGGAUACGGACUAUAAGAAGGCACAAAAAUUUGAAGGAGGUUUGAUGUUGGAAGUGUUUGACCAAGUUCGCAUCUUGAAGUUGCCUACAUAUGUGGAAGUACUAGAUAGAGCAUUAAUGGCAGAAACUACCUUAGCAACUAUGAAACAAAGCAAGGCCCCAACAACAACAGAACGGAGAAGUAAAAGGUCAGGGAACAAGUUUAGAAAGGGUAACUCCUUUGGAAACAAGAAACAAAACACGAGAUCUUCCAAUAACUCUAGUCAGAGUAGCGGAUCAAUUCCAAACUGCCCUAAUUGUGACAGGAAGCAUAGAGGAGUGUGUUACCGUGCAUCUAGAGCCUGUUACCAAUGUGGCAAAGUUGGCCAUAUGAUGAAGAUUCAGAACCACGAGAGUCCGAAUUGUAAGGCUUCUUUUCGAGCUUUCGAAAGGGGGUGCGAACAAGCCGAGCUACAGUCGAAAAAUGCCAAUCGCCCCGUAACAAGUUCAACCGGAUCUGCUUCUGUAACAAGGUCAAAUGUUAGAACUAAUGCUAGAGGUAACACUGGAAAUGAGAUGUUACGGCAAGGGAGAGUGUCCACACUGGUGCCUGGAGAUGUACAGAACACUGAGUUUGUGGUGUCAGCAUAUGAUAUUGUGAUUAGUGAUGUGAGGUUGUAUGUUGAUUUAUUACCUUUGGGAAUUGAUCAUUUUGACUGCAUAGUGGGUAUGGAUUGGUUAACGAAGUAUUGUGUAACUAUUGACUGUGUGAAUAAAUCUGUUGUAUUUCGUUCACCUGGUUUACCUGAAUUUGUGUUUAUUGGGAAUGGGGCAGUUCCUUCCCCAUAUUUGAUUUCUGCCAUGAAAACUGUUAAAUUACUUAGAAAGGGGUGUAAGGGCUAUAUGUGUUGUGUUUUGACUAAGACUUUUACUAGUCUUAAUGUGGAAACUAUCCCUAUUGCUUGUGAAUUUCCUGAUGUGUUUCCGACUGAAUUGCUUGGAGGCUUAAUUGACAGAGAAAUUGAAUUCACUAUUGAUGUAAUACCUGGAACGCAACCGAUUUCCAAAACCCCAUAUAGAAAGUCAACUUCCGAAUUGAAAGAACUAAAAAUUCAACUCCAAGACCUCUUAGACAAGAAGUUCAUCCGCCUGAGCACUUCGCCUUGGAGUGCUCCAGUUUUGUUUGUCAAGAAGAAAGACGGAUCUUAA